UAUUUACAAACAGCCGUUCACCUGCAGUCGUCGUUCAAUAACUUUAUCUCCAAUCAAAAACGCCGGAAAAACCAUGAUUCAGUGUUUAAAAUGUCGAGUGAGUGCCUGAAGUAACGAUAAAAAAUGGAUCUGAGGGCUGACAAUUCGGAUUUCUACGGUCUCGUGACGGAUCUGUGCGCUGGCAUCCUGGGCGAUGGUCCACGAGACAAUUAUGCCAAUAAGCGUGAGAAAAUCCUCAAGAAAAUGCGAACGAGGACCUUCGAAGUGCUCCUGAGGAGCCAGCCUUGUUCGAGCGACAAUAAUGAUAACCAACAAAAUGAGGCCCUCGAUCCCUCGGCAGAGCUCCUGAAGCACGCCUUCGUCCUCAGGUGCACGUUUGGACAUGCCUCGAGGGCUGCCAAACUCGAGGAGGCUCUUGAUGACCUCUUGCAGGAUUCGGGGGAGAUCAGUGGCUCACUUGACACAGUAUUACAGUUUCUCAAUUGCAUGAAGGCUUAUGGAACUGCUGAGAGGAAUGACUUGAACAUUUUCCACUUCGGUGAGCAGAACCCCAUCCUCCCCGAGCCUCGCACCACGAAGAGCACCCCCGAGUACCAGACCUACCCCUCGUCAGUCUUCCACCUCCCCUACAACAUCACCACCCCCUCGAACCCUCUCCUGACCUUCUCGGACCUCCCCAUGGACCCCCCCUUCAGUUUCCCCCCAGGUCACCUGGACCUCUCCACCCACGACCUCUCGAAGCUCUCUGAUCUCACCCCCACCACCCCAAUGCUCAUGGCCAGCAACUGCUACCUAGUCCAGGAGGACCCCUCCGAGCACCCCUUCUGGGAUCACAUCCCCCCUGCCUCAUCCCCACCCACCCCCUCUCACCCCUCAGCCUCCCUGAACAUCCCUUGGAGCCUAUCCUGCCCCCCAGAGCCCUCCCAGUCCCGAUCCUGGGAGAAUCUGGGAAAUCCAGACCCCCCUCACCCCUCCACCUUCAUCCUGGAGUCUGACGCAGCCCUCCACCACCUCCAGAACUUCCGGCAGUGGUCGUUCUACCCAGAAACCUCCGAAGAACCCCUGAAGACCCCAGACGUCAACCUCACACCGAAAGAAUUUCUAGAGACAGUGAAACUAGUACUCCUGGGGAUUGAGUCUGACGUCUUCCGCUGGAACAGCAAACUCGGAUUCAUCUUCAAAUCCAAUACAACAGUCCCCCUCUUGAGCAACGAAUCCCUGAAGGACAUUACCAACGAAAUCACCCACUGGGGCACCUGCUUCAAGCUCCUGAGCCUCCUGAUCCGGCCAGGGCCGGACUCAAACGGAAAGCUACGAGAGGAGGGCCUGAUCUUCAAGGCCAUGUGCACAAACAUCGACGAGAUUUUAAUUCACUACCAGGCAGUCAUCCUCCAGGUCUUUGGGGACGAUUCCCCCCAGCUGCUGUCCCUCCUCCACCAGCUGGGGCCCAUUGGCUGCCUCAUCUCCGAGGUUGCCAGACUCUGCAGGUGCGACAACGUCCGAAGAACCAUCAUCGGUGAGGGAAUAGGUCUCCUCUCCCACAUCUACAAGCAAGUCACCAAGAUAACAAAGCCCAACAUCGCCCUCGUCUACUACUCUGUCCUGAAAUCCUGCUGUGAGGUUUACUUCGAGUACCUGGAGAAGUGGAUCUUCGAGGGGAGAUGCGACGAGACGCACGGAGAAUUCAUGAUCAACAUCAGAAUUCAGUACCUGAGGACUCGAGGGCAUAAAUUCUGGUCGAAAUGCUACGGAAUUAACAAGGAGUCAGUCCCAGGAUUCCUCAAGGACCUGACUGACUCCAUCCUCCAGUGUGGAAAGGCAGUGAGACUCCUGAAGAUUUGCGAUCCCAAGAACCCCAUGUGCAAUCUCUUCUCCAACUAUCAUCCACUGGUGAAAGUCUGUCUGAAUGUGAACAUGCUGUCCGAGCAGGAGGAAAUUUGCCAGGAGUACAUGAGCAGGGGCAUCGAGAUCCUGGGGAACGUCACCCUGAGCACUUCUUUGCAGCAGAUGAGGGUAAUGGAGAAAACUAAAGCUGACGUGGUGAUCGCAGCGCAGGCAGGUGCCCUCCAACGAAUCAAGAGGGGUCAGGAGGAGGCCAGGCUGUUGGUAGCUAAGAAUAAGAGAGAACUCCUGGCGAAUCUGAAGAACCAGGCUGAGGAGGCGGUUUCGAGGAAGGAGAAGGCUCGCGAGGCGAAGAUACUCGAGGAGAAGCUGGAGAUGGAGAAGCAUGCUGCUGAGGAGGAGGAGGAGAAGAAGGUUCUGCUGGCAGAGGCCAAAGUGACUGCUGAUUAUUACAAGGAGCUCGCUGAGGAGGCGAAGAAGAGGAAGCUCCGGGCUUCGUGGAGGGCCAAGAGGAUGGCGUUGUUCGAGGAGAGAGUGGAGUUGAUCGUUGCUACGAGACAUGAAGAGUCGUCAGUUGUCCCUGGGCCAGAUGAUGAAUCCAGAGAUAAAAUGGAUAACGAUCCUGAGGGGCUCGAGAGUCUUCCAGACGUGUCUGACAGGAAGGAUGAGAACAGCAAUUCCAGUGAUUCAACGAGUCAGAGGACAGUUUCUAGUGUUCAGGAGACGUCUACACGAACUCCAAGACCUACUGAUCUGUCCCUAAAGGAAAAAACCUCUAGUAACGAUUCCAAAUCAACGAAUAUGGGCUUGGAGUCGAUGACCACUGAAGCCAUUCUGGAGGAAAUCUCUGAGAAUAAUCGAUUGUUGAUGGGUUCAAGAACAGAGAUCGCCUGCAGGGAUGGCUUAGGAGACACUCUGGGAGGAACUAGUGAGGAUAACGUGCUUCUCGAUGAGGAGGGGAACGAGAGGACAAUUGGCACGACCAGAGUCAACCUGAACAUCAAUCUUGAUGAUAUUAGAGAAGACAAUCCAUCGGAUAAAAUCGAUGCUCUUGAUGGCAACGAAAAUCGAAAGGAGAUUAUUGAUAAUCAAUUAGCAAUUUCUCAGGGGGGGCUCAAUGACCUGAACGAUGCGACACCCAUGUCCUGCACCACCGACAGCUAUCACCAGUCAGUAAGCUCAUCGUUAUUCUACAAUUGCCUGGAAGUGGGAUCCCUGGCGGGUUCCAAGAACGAUUUCGAGACGCCAAUGAGCCCUGAGGGCCAUUUACCAAAGUCCGAUAAGCAGAAUCUCCCAGAGAGUCAGUCGUUCUUCAGUGGAUUUGGGGCUGACAAUGGCCCUGUGAACUUUGAGUCUUCCCUGACGAUGGCUGAUGUCGAGUUGAUUGACAACACUUCGUUGCAAAUUUAUCUUGAGAAGUCGGUGAUGAUUCCGUUGAUGGUUCAGAGUAAACUGGCGAAUUCGGCGGUUAUCAAGUGUCUUAUUGAGGAGCAUAAAAUUCUUUCGCAUCUGCAGAGUCUCAGGAGCUUCUUUUUUCUGCUCAAUGGGGAAUUCGCGAGGAAUCUCACUGGCGCUGUCUUCACCAAGUUUUACGAGAUUAGUUUGCCUAUUGAAUUGUUUAAUUCUGCUACUCUUACGAAUUUGCUGGAGAACGCUCUGCAUAGUUCCCUGAAUUAUUCGUACGAGAAUGCUGAGUUGUUGAGUUUGUCUGCUAUUGAUACACCCAGUCUGCUGACUGUGUCAGACCCAGAGGCACUCGACUGCUUGUGUCUGAAUUAUAAAGUCUCAUGGCCUCUGAAUAUUAUUUUCGAUGAGAUGCUGAUGCAGCAGUACAGCAAGGUCUUCAAGUUCUUGUUGAUGGUGGGGAGAGUUCUCUGGGUACUUCAGGAGGACUUCUGCAUCUUGAAGGUGGAGAGGAAGGCAGCAUUGUCACCCCAGUACCACAGGCUCCAGCUCUUUCGGCACGCAAUGAUGCAGUUCAUGAUUGCAUUCAGCAAUUAUCUCACCUGCAGUGUUCUCCAUGCCAGUUGGACUGAGUUCGAGAAAGAGCUGGAGAAUGCCACGACUCUGGACGAGAUCUACUCGACUCAUGUCAGUUAUAUCAAGAAGAUACUGUCGAGGUGCAUGUUGACGUCGAAGGCUGAGAAGCUUCGUCAGUGCCUCUGCAACAUCUUUAAGAUUAUACUGAAGUUUCAUAAUUGUCUGAGGUCUCACGAGUGGCACAAGGGGGCUAAUGGUUAUACCAUUUCAAAUUAUUCAAAGUUGGAGCAGAUGUACGAGGCCUUCUGCGACCUGAGGACCUAUCCUGCUCAUGUUGUUGAGAAAUUAGCUAGCAGUGGGUAUCAGAGUCAUCUGACCCAUUUUCUGGACUCACUGAAUAUAAAUCCAUUGUACAAUUUAUCAACGAAAGGAGUAUAAAUAAUGCAUUUUUGUUUAUAUCAUAUUUUUGUAAUUCAUUCAAAUGAUCUAUUGGUCCUUCUGACUUUAUAUUUUAAUGAUCAAGUCUCUUGGCAUCAGAAUAGGAAACUCUUGAAACUGGAAUAAAAUUUCUGACGAUGCUUCAAUACAAAUUUACUCCACAAUUUGUCAACAUAAAGAGUAUAAAUGAUUUGUUUUAUUUAUAUUACAUUUAUGCAAUUGAUUUAAGUGCAAAACACAAAUCAACAUUCGUGCUUCAAGUUGUUACGUUCAUUGGGAUGUCAUACUGCUGGUCCAUACCAAUGUAAGAAUCCGACAUCAGGUAGAAUGUUAACUGUGUUUUCCCUGGAAUGGUUAAAUUCACACUGUGAUUAUCCUGUUUUUCAAAUAAACAAAUUGUAAAUACA